AUGUCAGCUACCGACGACCUUUCUGGCAGCGAGAUACAAGCCAAAUUGCGCGCCUUCGUCGCCGCAGAUCCUUUACGUGGAUGGGACGACGCAUGGAAAGCGAGCAUCACACCGUGGGAUGCCGGGGAUGUCCAGCCGCCUUUACGAGACCUCCUUGGUUCCCGCGAGCUGAAGCUCCCUACAACCGGCCGUGCCCUCGUUCCCGGAUGUGGUAAAGGCUAUGACGCACCUUUCAUAGCAGCUACGACAGGUCUCGACACGCUCGCCGUUGACAUCUCCCCGACGGCGGUAAAAUUGGCAGAAGAAUCGCUAGCCCAGCUCAAUUUGCCAAGCGCCGUGAAAGUUAGUUUCGAGCUCAAGGACUUCUUCAGUCUUGGUAGCUCCGAGGAGAAUUACGACCUCAUAUACGACUAUACCAAAAUAAAUCUGCAGCCCAGCUUAAUGAUAUUGUUACGAAGAUUUUUCGUUUGCAUCCCGCUGUCAUGUCGUACCAAGUGGGGUCAAUUGAUGUCGCGCAUGGUCAAGCCGGGUGGCUAUCUGGUCACGCUCAUCUUCCCUAUCGACCCGCCACGAAGCUAUGGUCCACCUUACUACGUGAGGCCUGAACAUUACGUCGAAGUCCUCGGAGAUGGAUGGGAGAAGGUGGUGGACGAAGUCUCGGAAGUGAGCUCUGCGACUCACAAAGGCAGGGAGCGUCUUGUAGUCUGGAAGAAGCUGUAACACUGUCGGAAGAUUAAAAUACUAAUGCAAGG